CUCCUCCUGCUCCUCAGUAUUGCAGAGUGCUGCAGUACUCCCUACUCCCUGCUGGGUCUGGUCUUCACCGUGUCCUUCAUGGCUCUGGGGGUUCUGACUCUCUGUAAGUUCUACCUGCAGGGUUACAGAGCCUUCAUGAACGACAACACCAUGCACAGGGGUAUGACGGAGGGCAUCACCCUGCUGAUCCUGGCCGUUCAGACGGGUCUGAUUGAGCUGCAGGUGAUCCACCGAGCCUUCCUCCUCUCCAUCAUCCUCUUCAUCGUGGUAGCUUCCAUCCUCCAGUCCAUGCUGGAGAUCGCCGACCCCAUCGUCCUGGCCCUGGGGGCCUCACGAGACAAGAGUCUGUGGAAACACUUCCGAGCCGUGUCUCUGUGCCUCUUCCUCCUCAUCUUCCCCGCCUACAUGGCCUACAUGAUCUGUCAGUUCUUCCACAUGGACUUCUGGCUGCUCAUCAUCAUCUCCUCCUCCAUCCUCACCUCGCUGCAGGUCCUCGGCACGCUGCUGAUCUACGUCCUCUUCAUGGUGGAGGAGUUCAGGAAGGCUCCGGUGGAGAACAUGGACGAGGUCAUCUACUGCGUCAACGGGACGUACCGACUGCUGGAGUUCCUGGUGGCGGUGUGCGUGGUGUGCUACGGCGUGUCGGAGACGGUGUUCGGGGAGUGGAGCGUGAUGGGCAGCACCAUCAUCCUGGUGCACUCCUACUACAACGUGUGGCUGAGAGCCCAGCUGGGCUGGCAGAGCUUCCUGCUCAGGAGAGACGCCGUAAACAAGAUCAAGAGCCUCCCGACGGCCAGCAACACGCAGCUGCAGCAGUACAACGACAUCUGUGCCAUCUGCUACCAGGACAUGAACAGUGCUGUUAUAACUCCCUGCAGUCAUUUCUUCCACGCUGGCUGUCUGAAGAAAUGGCUCUACGUCCAGGAGACGUGCCCGCUCUGCCACUCGCAACUCAAGAGCCAAUCGACAGCCACCGCCACCACGGCCGCCGCCGCCCCCAACCAGGACGCCGCAGCUGCCAACCAGGACGCCGCUGCCGCCGCCAACCACGACGCAGUUGCCGCCGCCAACCAGGACACCCCAGCUGCCAACCAGGACGCUGCCGCCGCCCCCAACCAGGACGGCACCCACAACCAGGACGCCGCCCCCAACCAGGACGGCACCCACAACCAGGACGCCACUAGCCCCAACCAGGACGCCACCCACAACCAGGACGCCGCCCCCAACCAGGACGGCACUAGCCCCAACCAGGACGCCACCCACAACCAGGACGCCGCCCCCAACCAGGACGGCACUAGCCCCAACCAGGACGCCGCCCCUAACCAGGACGCCGCCCCUAACCAGGACGCCGCCCCCAACCAGGACGCCACCGCCGCUGCAGCAGCCAAGCAGAGCGCUGCGGGGCAGGAGGAGGCUGCAGCCGACAACAAGCAGAAGGAGGAGGAGGGAGAUAAUGGACUUGCCAAGUCAGCUGGAGAGACCUCCUCCUCCUCCUCCUCCUCCUCCUCCUCCUCCUCUGAUGCUCCCUCCACCUCCAAGCAGCCCCCAGCCGAGACCUCCUCCCCCCCCUACUUGUGACUGAAUCUCAGAAGUUUGCAGAUCAUCCUUCUUGUCUUCCUCUCCUCCUCCUCCUCCUGCUCCUCCAGGCGCAGAUGGCGCCUGCUGAAACUGAGCCCGCCCCCUCAGAUAAACCCAGGCUUCCUAUUGGUCCAUGGUCCCAGCUGUGCAUGCUCAUAUAAACACACGACGAUCUGAACCUGCUGAUGUCCUGCUGAGCAUUAAACUCCAUGGAGCUUCAUCCUGAGGAGGAGAACCAUCAUCUCAUCUCGUCACCUCCACCAAAUGUGAAUCCUGACUGAACCUGAAGCCCCGCCCCCUCCCGCUCCGGUCCUCCUCAUUUCAUGUGAUGGUUGCUCCCGUCAGUACGGAGGUCCUGAGAGCUCCCAGCGCCGAGACUGAAGAAAACACAUGAAAUACACAAAAUACAAACAGAGAAAACAUCUCCACCCGUCUGACGACACAAGAGCAGCGUUUAGAAAACAAAGACCACAACACAAGUAUUUCCAGAGGAUGCUUAAAAAUGAAGCACAUGUCUGCACACGCUAACGUUAGAUAUGAUCGAUAGCGUGCUAGCGUUAGCGGCCGAUCAAAGCAUGCUAGCGAUCGCGCCCAAUAAUAGCAUGCUAGCGAUAGCGGACGAUCAUAGCAUGCUAACGUUGGUGGCCGAUCACAGUGUGCUAGCGAUAGCGGGCGAUCAUAGCAUGCUAGCGAUAGCGGUCGAUCAAAACAUGUUGAUGUUAGUGGCCAAUCGAUAGCAUGCUAAAUUUAGCGGCCGUCAUAGCAUGCUAUUGUUAGCCGACGAUCGAUAGAAUGCUAGCGAUAGCGGCCGAUCAUAGCAUGCUAGCGUUAGCGGCCGAUCGUAGUGUGCUAGCUUUAGCGGCCGAUCAUAGUAUGCUAAAGUUAGCGGCCGAUCAAUAGCAUGUUAACGUUAGCGGUCAAUCAAUAGCAUGCUAAUGUUAGCGGCUGAUCAUAGUGUGCUAACAUUAGCCAGAGAUUGAUAGCGUGCUAGCGUUAGCGGGCUAGCAAGACCAAGACCAACUUGGUGCAGUUGAGAGAGACCAACUAAAACGUGUUUCAUUCAUUUGAUUUGUUUAACUGCAAUGUGAUUGAUACGGGCUAGCAGGCUAACGCGAUAUAUCACGUUAUAACAUUAAAUUAUCAUCAUCUUGAAAUAACGUGAUGAUAUCAAGUGUGUCCAGACGUGUGCGUCACUUUGAAGCGUCCUCUGGAAACACUUGUGGUCUUUGUUUUCUAAAUGCUGCUCUCGUGUUGUCAGAAUGAUGAAGAUGUUUUCUCUGUUUGCUUGUUUUUUGUAUUUGAUUACGUCUCCGUACAUCACCGUUUAAUGAGGCUGAAUGUGGUCAGGUGACCUGGAGGAGGUCAGGUGACCAGGAGGAGGUCAGGUGACCUGGAGGAGGUCAGGUGACCUGGCGACUGAGUGUUAUUGUGAACAGAUCAAAGGGUUCACAUGGUUCAUUUCUCUUCUUCUCCUCCUGCUUCACUGAAUCAUCAAUCAACUUGUUUGGCUGGUCCCAGCAACAGAAACAACCAACAGAAGAAACGUGGAGCUCCUCAUCGCCAAACUUUUAUAUUCCUGUUCAAGAGAAAAUGUUAUUUUUAAGACGAUUUUUACAUUAACUGCUUUAU